AUGUGGCCCCGCAACAGACACUCGCAAGCGGGAGAAGACAAAGAUGAUACGAAGAUAGAGAAUUCCGACUUCGACAACAUCAAAGAUGACCUAGAGAGCGCCCAUGUCGAAAACAUCGAAGGCAAUGUGGAGAACAUGGCCAGCAUCGAAAGUCUACCCAUAAGUUGGUUCGUUUGGCUUGCAGCAUUAACAGCCUCAAUGGCUGGUCUGUUGUUUGGAUAUGACACUGGUAUUAUCUCAGGUGUUCUAGUGUACUUGGGAGAUUCCCUCGACAACCGGCCUGUCACCAACAGCGAGAAGGAGAUGAUCACCGCUCUAUGCUCGGGAGGAGCUUUCGUGGGUGCAAUAUUUGCUGGAAACACUGCAGAUAGGUUCGGACGCAAAAUGGCCAUCUACCUCGCUUGUUUUCUUUUCAUCGCCGGUGCGGUCAUCCAAAGCGCAGCCUACACUAUUGCACAAAUGGCAGUCGGCAGACUAGUUAUUGGUUUCGGGGUAGGAUGCGGUGCCAUGGUUUUGCCGCUGUAUGUCGCGGAGAUUGCCCCAGCUAAGGCGCGUGGAAAGCUCAUCGGAUUAAACAAUAUGUCUAUCACCGGAGGCCAGGUCAUUUCCUACGCGAUUGGAGCUGCCUUUGCAAGUGUUGACAACGGAUGGCGAUACAUGGUUGGACUAGGGGCCAUACCCGCUAUCGUUCUUGGGGUUCUCAUGCCCUUUUGUCCUGAAUCCCCACGUCACUUGGCGUACAAUGGACGCACUGCAGAGGCCAGAGUUGUUCUUCAAAAAGUCUACGCAACGGCAACCGAGGCCCAGAUCGAUGCUGUCCUGGUCUCGAUCUGUGCGGCGUGCGACCAGGCCAGAGAGAUAGACGACAGUGCGUCUCGAUUCUCGAAGAUUAAGCAACUACACACUAUUCCGAGUAACCUUCGGGCACUGAUCAGUGCUUGCGGUCUGAUGGUUAUCUCACAACUCUCUGGCUUCAACGCUCUAAUGUACUACUCUGCGACGCUCUUCGCACUGGUUGGCUUUGAUAAUCCUACUGCUGUCGGUCUUGUGGUCGCGGGAACUAACUUUAUCAUGACCUUCGUGAAUAUGAUGAUGGUCGACGGCAUAGGCCGCCGAAGGAUUCUCCUGUCUACCGUAUGGGGAAUGUCGGUGGGAAUGAUUGCCAUUGCCGUCGCCUUCCUUUGGAUUCCCGUAAACAUGGAGACGAUGGAAGUUACAACCACGGGUAUUUCCAGCGCAGCGAUCGUCGUUCUGGUCUUUAUUAUCUGGUUUGUGGUGUUCUACGGCAUCUCGGUUGGAAACACGGCAUGGAUGAGCACCGACUUCUUUCCUCUGGAGGUGCGUGCUAUGGGAACCAUGUGGUUGACUUGCUCCAGCUGGGGAAGCAAUAUUAUCAUUUCUAGCACCUUCCUUUCUAUGAUGAAGGCUUGGACUCCUUCCGGGGCCUUUGGAUUCUUCGCCGCUAUUUGUGGACUUGGGUAUAUCUGGCUUUACUUUUUCUAUCCCGAGGUUUCUGGUCUUGUUCUAGAGGAGAUUAAGGAGGUAUUCGAGCAUGGAUUUGGGGUCAAGUAUGCCAGGGAACUUCGAAAGGCGCGCAAGGAUAUUAUCGAGGAGAGGAUGAAGACCCAAGAGAAGCCGAUCGCUGCUGGGCAUUAA